UGCUUCGGCUGCGGUCGUGGUACCACGCCUUUGCAAUAAAACAUACAAAUAAAAAUAAAAUCAAAGUGAAUAAUAACAUAAAACUAUAAAAUAAAAUCGUUACUUAAUAUUUUGCCUACAUGAUUAAAAACAGUCAAUUCAUUCAAAUAGUGAGAAAAAUAUUAAAUUGAAUAUAAUUUUAGUGAAUAUAUUUCGACUAACUUUAAUAAUUAUAUUUUAAAAAAAAAAUAGGUACGUUAACUUAAUGAUAUAGUGUUGAGCAGGUUAUUUGCAAUUAUCGAGUCGAAAGUUUUAAUUAUCGACAUUUUUAGAAUAACCAGGAUGUGAUUACAAAAAAAAAUGGUGUAUAAAUCGAUGGAAAAUUAAAUUAAACAUGCAUAUUAGUUUUAAAAACGAAACAAUCCUAUCAUAAUCAAAAAUUAUAAAUAUUUUUAUUUAAUCUCGCCAAAAUGGAUGCCUGCAGUUACAAAGAAGUGAAAAGUGUCGAUUUCGUGCAAAAGGAAAACGAAUCGAUGAAAUCGGUAUUAAAACAGAUACUGAUUAGCAGUGCGGUGUGGGCGCAAUUCUUUAUGGGCGGCAUGUGCGUUGGAGCGCCCACUGUGUUCAUACCGCAAAUACGGAAGGAGGCCAACAACACGGCUGUCAUCGACGAAGAGAUGGGCUCUUGGCUCUUUUCCACCAGCGGCUUCGCAAUGUACCCUUGGCUGAUCAUCCUGCCCCUUUUCACCAAACGCUACGGCCGGAAGUUGCCCCAAAUCAUCACAUCUCUAGCUUCCAUGGCGAUCUUCAUCAUCCUCUACUACAGUCAAAGCGUCAUUCACAUCCUCAUAUCAGAAGUCCUGCAAGGGUUUUUGUACGCUGGCAAUGUAACUGUCAGAAUCUUAGUCGUCACAGAUUAUACAUCGCCAAAAUACCGCGGGAUAUUCUUGGCUAUAAAAUCAGCGAGCUUCUUCUGGGGUAUAUGGGUGGCGAACGCUAUAGGCACGUUUUUCUAUUGGAAGAAUAUAGCUAUACUCGGAUUUAUAUGUGCUGUUUACACGUUAAAUGUUCUGCUGUGGCCCGAAUCGCCUUACUGGCUGGCCAGUAAGGGACGUUUUGACGAAUGCAGGAAAUCCUUCAGACAGAUUCACGGUAUUAACGUGAAAUCCGAACGGGAAUUAAAGGAAUUGAUCAAAGUGCAAACCGAAAGGUUUAGAAUAGAAAACGAAUAUGGGAAAAUGGGUGUCCUGGAGAUGGUUAGGAGCAGUGAAUUUUACAAACCACUUUUGUUAUCAGCUGUAGCGAUAAUACAGUAUCAUUUAUCCGGCAAAGUGGUGAUCAGUUUGUAUAUAUUGGAUAUAUUCAAAAAUAUAACUGCGAACGAAUGGUCAGCCUACAUCGCCAUGUUAAUUUUGGAUGGUGUGACAGUUUUUGGAAUGUAUGUCGGAUCUUUCUUGUCAAGGGUACUAAAACGUAGGACUUUAUACAUGAGUUGCUCGUUUACUGGUAUAGCGUUCCUAUUAACGAUAUCGUUAUAUUUGUUUAUGGUUAGAUUGAAUCUGUUGGGUGAGAAUCAUUUCGUUACAAUAGCUCUGUUAUGUUUGUAUUCUAUAUCGAUAAGCUGCGGUCCGUUGAUUUUAUCCAUAUCUCUAUACGGUGAAUUAAUACCGCAGAAGUUUCAAGCGAUAUCAUAUACAUUGGUUUCUUUAACAUUUGGUAUUUUCUAUUCCACUUUAAUAAAAGUCUCGCCGAGUAUAUUCAGGGCUUUCGGUAUCGAUGGAACUUUUCUUUUCUAUGCCAUUACAUGUGCUCUUUGCACGAUUUACCUUUUCCUUUAUUUGCCUGAAACUAAAAAUAAAACGCAACAAGAAAUAGAGGCGUAUUUCAAAGAUAAGAACGAAAUUAUUCAAAACGAUAAUACCUCUGCAGUUUUUCUCACGAAUAAGACAUAAUGCUACGUUUAUCUAUACUUAAAAAAUAAUUAAAACGCAUAUUUUGUUUAUUUUAAUUUUGUAUUAACUACCUCUGAUUUAACUUACAGUAUCAUAAUUUGAACAAUUUGGUACAUCUAAAUAAAAGUUUAAAUUUUCCGGUAUGAUUUUUAUAACAAUAUAUAU